CGGCUUGAGUUCCGCACAGUUUGAGUUUUCUAUCCGAAGAGUGCGCUUAGGUCCGCUGCUGCGACGGUGUUUAAACAGCUACCUGGGCAGUUUUACACCCCUCGCCGCCCCUCCCACACGUAACUCUCUCUCCAGUCAUAGUCGUCGCAGUCGUCGUUGUUGUUGUUACCAAAUUUUUUUUUUUCUACUUCGCGUUGAGAGCGCGAACCGAACCGAUACGAUACCGCCGAGAAGCUAACGAACUAUAUAGCCCGAAGUCAUUAACGAGAUCGGAGACAGAAAGCUCUCCGGAAAGAUCUCAGUUAUAUUUUAGUUCUGGAGCACCGCUUGCCUGUUACUACCCAUUAUUUUUUUCGUGUGCAUUCAUAAAACAGAAACUGAACCGUAAUGGUCUACUAAAAAAGGGGCUUCAAAAAACCGAAUUAAAAAAAAAUAAAAGUUAUAAAAUAAAAAAUAAAUUAAAUUUAAAAAAAAAAAUUGAUAAAGAUACAUAACGGUAUUGAAAAGACAGCAAGAUGUUUGAUGUUUUUGGGUCCGUCAAGGGCCUACUGAAGAUCGAUCAGGUGUGCAUCGAUAACAAUGUAUUCCGGAUGCACUACAAGGCGACCGUGAUCAUCCUGAUCGCCUUCUCCCUGCUGGUCACCUCCCGCCAGUAUAUCGGUGAUCCAAUCGAUUGUAUUGUGGAUGAGAUCCCGCUGGGAGUGAUGGACACCUAUUGUUGGAUCUAUUCAACGUUUACGGUGCCGGAACGUCUAACCGGUGUCACUGGACGAGAUGUGGUCCAGCCCGGUGUUGGAUCGCAUGUUGAGGGCGAGGAUGAGGUGAAGUACCACAAGUACUACCAGUGGGUGUGCUUCGUACUCUUCUUCCAGGCCAUAUUGUUCUAUGUGCCGCGAUAUCUGUGGAAGUCCUGGGAGGGGGGUCGCCUCAAGAUGCUGGUCAUGGAUCUCAACAGUCCCAUUGUGAACGAGGACUGUAAGAACGAUCGCAAGAAGAUCCUGGUGGACUACUUUAUUGGCAAUCUGAAUCGUCACAAUUUCUAUGCAUUCCGGUUCUUCGUCUGUGAGGCAUUGAACUUUGUCAACGUCAUUGGACAGAUCUAUUUUGUGGACUUCUUUUUGGACGGCGAGUUCAGUACGUACGGCAGUGAUGUGCUGAAAUUCACCGAAAUGGAGCCGGAUGAGCGUAUCGAUCCGAUGGCCCGGGUCUUUCCGAAGGUCACCAAAUGUACCUUCCACAAAUACGGUCCCUCCGGCAACGUCCAGCGAUUCGACGGUCUCUGUGUGCUGCCCCUCAACAUUGUCAACGAGAAGAUCUAUGUGUUCCUGUGGUUCUGGUUCAUCAUUCUGAGCAUCCUGUCCGGCAUCUCGCUCAUCUAUCGAAUCUCUGUGGUUGCUGGCCCCAAAUUGCGUCACCUGCUGCUCCGUGCCCGUUCCCGUCUGGCCGAAAGCGAAGAGGUCGAACUGGUGGCCAACAAGUGCAACAUCGGUGACUGGUUCCUGCUCUAUCAGCUAGGCAAGAACAUUGAUCCUCUUAUCUACAAGGAGGUGAUAUCGGAUCUAUCACGCGAAAUGGGCGGCGAUGAGCAGAGCGCCCACAAGCGGCCAUUCGAUGCCUAAUGAGAAGCCUACUAAGCAACAACAACAACUACAACAACAAGAAGAAUAACAUUCAUGGAGUAGGGGCGUGGCCGUGUGCCGUAGUGCCAUUUCACGCAGCCGAUUAAUUAAUUUGGUUAAGACGAUGGAUAUAGAAGAGCUGUUGGGGAUUUUCGAAAACAACUUGAGACGAUGAAGAGGCCUUCCGAGCUAAUGAACACAUAUCAACGAAUAUUCCAUGGUUUAUACGAAAAAUAAAUAACACCGUUUUGUGUUUCAUUGUUUUGUAAUUGAAACAAAAAAAUAUUGCAAAACAUAUGCUACAA